AUGGAGGAAACCCAGGAGUCGUGCAGAUAUGUGCUCAUUCGUAACAUCCCGAAGGAGUUCCAUUCCAAAGACCUUCGAAACUACUUUUUCGAAGCCGUCGAAGACGGGAAGUUCCUCUGCUUCCACUUCCGCCACAGACCGGAAGUCCUUCCGGGAGGGAAGGGGUCCGAGACGGUAUGCUGCGUCGUGAAGGUCCUGGAGAGGGACCACGGAGCGGUGCUGGCCAUGUACGACAGGCGGCAUUGGAUGGACGGGGAGGGCAAGCCGCUCCCGCAGAAGUGCGUCCUGAUCGCUUUGAAGGUCUCGGAGAGCGAGACGGUCGAGGACCACUCGGUGCCCCUCAAGGACCUGAUGCAACUGUCGGAACUGCGACCGCCCGUCGGCAUGCCCCGGGGCAACGUGGGGACACCGACCAAAGUGUUUCGGGAGUUGAUCCGACGAUGCCAGCUCCCAGCGAGGAUGAUCCGGUCGCUGGCGCUGCAGUUCCCCAAGCGGAAGCCGAGGAAGUACGGGAAGGUGCCGUUCGAUUAUGGGAGACAGGUCGUCACUCCGAGUCCCGAGGAGAUGACGGUUCUCACGGGAACGGGCCACGAAAUCCCGCGAAGGAUCGUACCUGGUGGUGAAAAAAGCGAACCUUCCAAAGAGAAGUACCACGGAGAGACUUCGGAUCGCGAGGAAUCGGAUCCGGAAUCCGAGGGCGAGGAAGAAUGGGAUCGUCAAGAGGCCCUUCAUCCGGGUUCCCAUCUUUCGAAAUACGAGCGCGAUCACGAGAGACUCUUCGAGGAGGGAAUGGAGAUCGUGUGGGAGAAGGGGGGUUCGGGCCUCGUCUUCUACACGGACGCGUAUUACUGGGACGACCAGGAGGGCGACUUCGACGAGAGGACGGCCGACGACCUGGACGUGGACAUGGGAGUCUACGAGACCCCCCUGGGCGGGGACAAAGACGCGCGGGACCUCGCCCAGAUCCACUGGGAAUGGGACCGGGAGAGCGCCUCCAUGGUGGGACGGAUCGGGGCGUUCGAGAGGCACACGAGGGGGAUCGGGCGGAGGUUGAUGGAGGCCCAGGGAUGGAGGGACGGGCAGGGGCUCGGUCCCGGCGGAGAAGGGAUGUCGGAUGCGCUGGGCAGCGACGGCAAGCACCCCAAGGACAAGACCGGAUUCGGCUAUCACGGGGAAAAGAUCUCCAGGACUCGAAGGCGCCAGCCGAAGAGACGGACCGACGUCUACAUCGGAACGGUGUUUGACGCUCCAGCGCCGGAUGACACGGUAAAGAGGAGGCGGAAGGAUUGA